AUGGCUACCCAAGAUGGCAUGCGGAUCGCUUUCUGUGGGCACAAGUGUCACCCCCCAACCCCAAGUUCUUGCACGGUGGAAUGGAGGGCCUUUAAGGAGCUGUCAUUUGUUGUAUUUGUUGCCAAGGGCUCCCUGGGGGGCCUCACCCCAGACUGCCCUUCUGCAGGCCCCCCAGCCGGUGCCAGGUCUAUAAAGGCCACAGUGGGAGAGGCAGCCCCCAGGGGGUCCUCGCGGAGUCACUGCCAGGCUCUCCUUCCCUCCUCCAGGACCAGAGAGGCCAGCCGCCUUUCCCAGCGCUACGUCAGUCGGGCCUCAGGGCCUCCUCCGCCGGGGGUUGGGGGGGGUGGGGUGGGUGCUCCCUCCCGCUGGGAGCCGGGCGGGGCUGGGAACCCGCCGGGACGGGACGGGGCGGGGCGGGGCGGGGCACGGCGGGCCCGGGAGGCCGCCGAGCUGGAGCAGCAGCGGCGCCAGGAGCAGAAGCGGCGGCGGCGGGACGCACAGCAGCGGCAGCAGCUGCAGCACCUCGAGUCCUUUUAUGAAAAACCUCCUCCGGGACUUAUUAAGGAAGAUGAGACUAAGCCAGAAGACUGUAUCCCAGAUGUACCAGGCAAUGAACAUGCCAGAGAAUUUCUGGCUCACGCGCCAACUAAAGGACUUUGGAUGCCCCUGGGGAAAGAAGUCAAGGUUAUGCAAUGCUGGCGCUGUAAACGGUAUGGACAUAGAACGGGUGACAAAGAAUGCCCAUUCUUUAUCAAAGGCAAUCAGAAAUUAGAACAAUUCAGAGUUGCACAUGAAGAUCCCAUGUAUGACAUCAUAAGAGAGAAUAAGCGGCAUGAAAAAGACGUGAGGAUUCAGCAGUUAAAGAAGCUACUAGAAGAUUCUACCUCAGAUGAAGAUGGCAGUAGUUCCAGCUCCUCAGAAUGUAAGGAGAAGCAUAAGAGAAAGAAGAAGAAAGAGAAACAUAAGAAAAGGAAAAAGGAGAAGAAAAAGAGAAAGAAAAAGAAAAAAAAGCACAAAUCUAAAUCAAAUGAGAGUUCAGACUCUGACUAAAAAGUCAUUUCCUUUGAAUCCACCUUGUCACUCCAGAAUCAUAGCUGAAUGUCAGAGGUAAAGAAGAAGUAGCCACAAAAAGGCCUCAGUUGACAGAGAAAAAGGAACCAAAAAAAAGUGCAUAGUUAGCAUCCCCCCCGUGGCAUUUUGCCCUCCUGCCAACAGUGAUGAAUUCACCGUGAUGUUGUUUCUUACAUGCCACUGCUGGAUUCUCAUCAUCAUCCUCCCUGUGUACUAUAGUUUGUGAUUCGUUUUGAAGAAAAAUCAAGCAUAAGAUACAAAAAUGUUCUACGUGUUUCCAAGAGAGAUUAGAUUCCCCUGGAAGGGCAGAGGGUGAGUGGGGAGGGUGGUAGGAUGACUUGAGGAGUUGAGAUCUUCAGCAGUUACAAGUACGUUCUAUGGGUGAUGAAUAAUAAAACUCCAUUAUUUCUGACUUAAAAGUGAGUAUCCUUGCUGCAGACUUGCAAAAUCUAUUGGUGGAAGAGUGGGAAAGGAGGCAGCUAUACAAAAUAUCUCAUCUCCAUGGAAAUCAUUUUGUUGUAGAAUCUGGCAUUCCACAAAGUAAUCCAGUAAGAUUUUCAAAAAAAAAUUUUUUUUG